AUGGGCAACCUCAUAGAAUUGCUCGGGAAGACCGACAACCUCAGUGACCCCGAGCCGCCUCUCAACAGACAAGCGGCUGUCCUGGGUAUGGUUCUUUCGUUCAUGACUUUGGCAUGGAUUUGUGGUGUCUACCGACUUUAUGUUCGCUACUUCGUUCUUCGGUGUCCGGGAUGGGAUGAUUACUUUGUCAUGCUGUCUAUGCUCACAAGCUUACUUCUGUCGGCCGCAACUUGCGUUGCUACGGAGUAUGGACUAGGAAAACACUACAUCUUGCUUGGCAUCAAAAACAUGCAGGAUUUUGUCAAAGUCUUUUAUGUGUGCAACGGCGCAUAUCCCAUGGCCACUGCUCUUAUCAAGCUGGCCUUACUUUUCCAGUACCUUCGCAUGUUCGAGCGCGGCACCAAGUCACGAUACAUAACCGUUGUCUUCAUCUACAUCACCGCCGCCUGGGGUAUCGCGUACUCCUUCCUUGCCUGGGUCCCGUGCAUCCCCGUAUCGGCGUUCUGGGACCUGACGUCGUCGACGGACACACGAUGGGCUUUUGGCUCUCGCGAUCCCCAAACCUUCGCUCGUAGCUUCGAAAGCCAUGUAUCAAUCAAUGUGGCGUUGGAUCUGAUUGUUUUCGCGAUACCCAUUCCCCUGCUCUUGAAAACGGGUCUCCGGGCAAAGUCUCGGUUGAGUUUGCUCGGCUUGUUCAUCAUGGGCGUGCUUGUGAAUAUCCUUGGACUAUUCCGUGUCAUUGGUAUUGCACGUUCUAGAGCCGGUACAUACCCGACUCUUGACCCCAGCUGGUAUGGCUGCACUCCCAUCGUGCUCGCUGCCGUCGAGGUCAACCUAGCGACUAUCUGUGCCUCACUCCCAGUCUUCUGGCCUAACCUCCAAAAGAACAUUGGCCAGAUCUUCAUCACGAAAGAAGUCGAGAUUACUUCCGAGGCUCGUCGCUUCAGCGCCCUCCAAGACACAGAGGCCACUGCAGAGCUUCGCGAAUUUUCACCACGGAAACCGCACAAGGCCCUUGUCAAUAGUUCGUGGUGCACUGAUACCCGUAUCCUGCCGAGACCGACACAGACCGAGAUCGCAUCGACACGACUUGCUUCCAAGCCGAGCGAAAAGUCAUUGUUUUCCGACGGAUCGAAGAAGAUCUCAGAUGAUCAGGAGUCACAGGAUCGGCUGGUUUUGACACCAUCCCGUAGUGGCAGGCGGCCAUGA